CUUAUUAAAUUAAGGUCCAGUUCCAACUCAAACAAAAAAGAAAAAAAAAAAAGCAGCAGACAAGACAAGGUCCGAAAACCACAUGGAAGCGCGUGAUGAAAACGCUCGAAUGAUGGUGAAGUGAGAGCCAAAUGUAACGUUUGUGUUCUCGUACGACGUGGGACUCCUGCUCUCUCUCUCUCACCUUGUUCCUUUAAAAAAAAACCUUCUCUCAACACACGCGCGUGUCUUCCAAACUUAUUUCUCUUCCUUUUUCUUCUUCUUCGCUGUCUCUUUCUUCUAGAAAAAACUCUUCAGCAGACACAUAAACAAGAAAGAGCGAUCAGUGAAGAAGAUGAGAGACUAGAGCAGUGAAUUACUCUCAAAAUGGCUCGGAGUACUACCUGAGUCUCCGUUACGUUCAAGUCUUUCUCUGUCUGUGUUUCCACUAUUGGCAAAUGGCGACGACGACGAACAACAACACUCCAACGUCGGCGGCUCAGCAGCAACCACCGGAGACGACGGCGAUCGACGGGUCAACACCAGAGGAGCUGACGGCGAAGGCAGUGAACAAGAGAUACGAAGGGCUGAUGACGGUUAGAACAAAAGCAGUGAGAGGCAAAGGCGCGUGGUAUUGGACUCAUCUCGAACCAAUCCUCGUACGCAACACCGACACUACUACUGGUCUCCCCAAAGCAGUUAAACUCCGCUGCUCCCUAUGCGACGCCGUUUUCUCCGCCUCCAACCCUUCCCGCACCGCCUCCGAGCAUCUCAAACGCGGCACCUGUCCCAAUUUCACCUCCUCCUCCGUUUCCGUCAACCCUUCCUCCUCCUCUUCUCCUCAUCGUCACCGGAAACGUAACUCCUCCGGCGCCGACGUUCCUCCUCGCUCUUACAACGUGACGCCGAUAACCGUCGUCGAUCCUUCCAGAUUCUGCGGCGGAGGAGAGUUAUCGCAGUACUCUGCUCCUCCUCCUCCUCCGCCGCAGCAUUUGAUGCUCUCCGGCGGAAAAGACGAUUUGGGACCGUUGGCUAUGCUCGAAGACAGCGUGAAGAAGCUCAAGAGUCCCUCGCAGACGCAGUCUCUCACGAGAUCGCAGAUAGACUCCGCUCUUGACUCUCUCUCCGACUGGGUCUUCGAGUCCUGCGGCUCCGUCUCGCUGUCGGCUCUCGAGCACCCGAGGUUCCGUGCCUUCCUGACGCAGGUCGGUCUGCCGAUCGUCUCCAGGAGAGACUUCGCCACCGCUAGACUCGACGCGAGGUACGAGGAGGCGAGGGCGGAGUCGGAGUCGAGGAUCCGAGACGCCGUGUUCUUCCAGAUCGCGUCGGACGGGUGGAGAUCGAGGGAGAGUCUCGUUAGUCUGGUCGUGAAUUUACCCAACGGGAUGAGUAUCUACAGAAGGGCGGUUGUUCUGGUGAACGGAGGGGAAGUUCCGUCGAACUACGCGGAGGACGUUCUGCUGGAGACGCUGAAGGGUAUUUGUGGAAAUUCGCCUCAGAGGUGCGUUGGGGUGGUAUCUGAUAAGUUCAAGAGCAAAGCGCUUAAGAGUCUCGAAGGGCAGUAUCAGUGGAUGGUGAACCUUUCGUGUCAGUUCCAAGGGCUUAACGGUCUGAUCAAAGACUUCGUCAAAGAGCUGCCUCUGUUCAAAUCCGUCUCGCAAAACUGCAAGAGGAUCGCCAAGUUCAUCAACGACACGGCGGGGGUACGUAACGCGCACCGUAAGUAUCAGCUGCGAGAACACGGCGAAGAAGCGAUAAUGCUGCGUUUGCCUUUGCAUUGUAGUUGUAGUAGUAGUGGUAGUGGUAGUAGCAAGGCUUGUUGUUACUUUGAGGAGCCCUUGUUUAAUCUUCUCGAGGAUGUGUUGAGUUCCGCUAGAGCGAUUCAGCUGGUGAUGCAUGAUGAGGCUGUUUUGAUGUUGGAGGAUCACGUGGCUAGGGAGGUUACGGAGAUGGUUGGGGACCAAGGGUUUUGGAACGAGGUGGAGGCGGUUCACGCUUUGAUCAAGCUUGUCAAAGAGAUGGCUCGGAGGAUUGAGGAAGAGAAGCUGCUCGUUGGGCAGUGUCUCCCUCUAUGGGACGAGCUAAGAGCCAAGAUUAAAGAUUGGGAUUCUAAGUUUAACGUUGGGGAAGGACAUGUUGAUGAGAUCGUCGAGAGGAGAUUCAAGAAGUGUUAUCACCCGGCUUGGGCUGCUGCGUUCAUACUAGACCCUCUUUACUUGAUGAGAGAUAGCACCGGGAAGUAUCUUCCUCCGUUUAAAUGUUUGUCGCCGGAGCAAGAGAAAGAUGUAGAUAAGUCGAUAACAAGGCUUGUGUCUAGAGAUGAGGCACAUAUUGCGUUAAUGGAGCUUAUGAAAUGGAGAACCGAAGGGCUUGAUCCUAUGUAUGCAAGGGCGGUUCAGAUGAAAGAGCGUGACCCGGUUACUGGUAAGAUGAGGAUAGCUAAUCCUCAAAGCAGUAGGCUUGUUUGGGAGACGUAUCUUAGCGAGUUCAGGUCGCUAGGGAAAGUUGCUGUAAGGCUCAUUUUCCUCCAUGCGACUACUUGUGGGUUCAAAUGCAAUUCUUCUCUUUUGAAAUGGGUUAACUCUCGUGGGAGGUCACAUGCGGCCAUAGAUCGAGCUCAGAAGCUGAUCUUUAUAUCGGCUAAUUCGAAGUUUGAAAGAAGAGAUUUCUCUAAUGAGGAGGAUAGGGAUGCAGAGUUACUAGCCAUGGCUAAUGGUGAUGACAAUUUGCUUAACGAUGUCCUUGUGGACACAUCCUCGGUGUGACAUUUUUUUUCUUCUAAAUUUGAAUCCUAUGUUUUGAUCCAUUUAAUUUCAGCUUAGUUUUUCAUUAGAUUUUGUCAUUUUGUAGGAUUGUUUGGAUUCUUUUAUUUCAAUUACUAUUACCAUUUACUAUCA